UUUUUAGCACCCCUGGGCUUCGGGGAAAGGAAAUAUGGCGAAACCCAAUAUCUUAAUUGUAUUCGGUUUGUUGUCCUAGUCCUUGCAGAUCCCCAGGUCAAAGCCAGUUACAGAUAAAUUCGUGCAUUAGCGCCUAAAAGCAGCUUUGGAGUCCAGAAAAUACCCAUAAACAUUGAAAAUCUUUCUUAAGUGAUUUAAAAGAAGGUUUUUCUAGUGAUUUAAUUGUUGAGCAAGCUUGACGUUUAUGCUUCAUACUUGAUGAACAGAACAACAAGGUUCGAGCAAGAGUAAUUCUAGCAUUUAGUUGACGAUCUUAUCCUAGUUGGAUUAUAGCAAUGGGCAAGUACCCACUUAGCAUCGCUAAAGUUUACACGCACUGUUAAACAGUCGAUCAAUUCGCUUCCUGCGCAAAGAACUUUCGUCAUGAAUGCGAUGUUCAUCACGAGCGCCUUUGAAAAUAAAAUGCUGCUAGGAAAUUCGAGAUAACGAUGGAUGCAGCUAAUUUUCGAAAGAUUUUCGCCAUUGCUUUUUUGCUGACACUGUUUCUUCUUGUAGACAGCCUGACUGCGUCAAAAGAUGCUAAAAGCAAGUCAAAGAAAAGAGCUAGCCAUUCAAAGGAGGGAAAGUCGACCAAAAACAAAACAGGGAUUCAUUGGGUUGACGAAGCCCACAAAGUUUUCAGAGACCAUGAUGGAAAUAUUGUUGUUUCAAUUCACGAUAGGCGAAUGACAAAGAAAGAUGUCCGUGCUUCGAAAAGGCACAGUCAGCCGUUGCAUGGAAAGAAGGCCGGAAAAAUCAGAUGGUUGGAUGAGAGCCACAAGAUAUUCAAGGACAACCAGGGCGAUAUUGUUACAUCAAUACAUAAUCAAAGAUCAGCCAAAAGAGACCAAAAAGCCUUGAAGAGGACUCCUACGUCUACAAAAGGCAGAACAGGAAAAGUGAAAUGGCUAGAUGGAUCAAAGAAGAUAUUCAAAGACUCGCAAAAUGACAUUGUGACAUCCCUGCAUCAGCAAAGAGGAGUGAAAAAGUCAAACAAGCAGAAAACUGAUGAUAUCAAGUUGCAAAGUGUUGACAAGAGAAGCAAAAUUAAACGUCCUUUUGCAAAAGAAAAUCGGGAGCGCACGACCUCAACUAGCAGUGCUGGCAAAUUUAGAAAACCUAACAAACUCUGGAAAAAACAGAAUAUUCUCAUGCCAUCAAAUGACGCCCACCGAUUUUUAGGCCAAACAAGUGUAAAUGAAAAUUCUGAAAUUGAGCUCUUGGAUCUGGCCCCCAAGAAGAGCAAAUUUUUGCAAUCAGCUAAUCAUAAUGACGAGAAUGUAGUUGCUAUGGAAGUUAUGAAAGAGGCUACAGAUAAUCCCAAAAUAGAAAAUAGCAAUAGCGAAAACGCAGAGAAGGUCUCUAAUGGAUUAAGUUUCAGAAAGCCCAUGCCAUAUAUGCCUUUGCAAGCUACAGCCGGUGAACACGAGCCUGCUGAAUAUCGUUCCGAGGCAUCUGAUAACAAGAACGAGGCAGCAUUAAAUGAAGAGAAUCAAGGAAAAAACGAAAAAAGCGAGAAAGAGAAGAAUGGAAACAGUAAAGGUGAAGAUGGAAAGGGGAAAGAGAAAGAUGCAGAGAAGGAAAAAAUAGAGGAGAAAAUAAAAGAAAAAGAGAAAGAAGUAGAAAAAGAGAAAGAAAAGGAAAGGCAACAAGAGCUUGAAUUUAAAAUUGAGAAAGAGAAAGAGCGGAUGAUUGAAGAAAAGUUGAGAGAAGAGCAGGUUAAAAACGCAGAGAAAGAAAGGGAGCUUGAGAUGUUGAAACAAGAAAAGGAAUUGGGAGGAAAUAUGGGGCAAGGAGAGGGCGCAAAAAUGUGAAUCUUAACAUUUACCAACCGGAACACCAAAAAAUAGGCAGACCAGCGUACAAUUUUCAAAACCACGCAAAUGCCCCUGUGUUAAGUAUUCCAAAUGUGCAGCAGCCAGAUUCUGUUCAGUCGUCAUUAUCAAAGCUAUACGGUGGGC